AUGCCUGAAUUACAAUCGGUUGAACCAUCCAUUGUUCAACGUUGCUUGACAUUUCAAACUGUGGGAACAUACUUAAUACGAUAUUUGUGCAAAAACGAUGAAUUAACAUCAUUUAUCCAACCGUCACUUACUUCAACAUGUACAGUGAACAAUUGUAUUGUAUUUUCAGUAAGAUGUGAUGAAUCGCUUCAUAAAUGUCGUGUUAUACACUAUCGUAUACCAGUUAACGAUACAAAUCUAAAACCAGAAUAUUUAACCCAACUCGUCGGAUAUUACAAUAAAAAUGUAACACAAGUGAUGAGUGCAUACUGGACGCAUUUAGAAAAAGAAUUGAUAAUCUCGAAAUCAUUGGUGGAUAAAGACAAAUGGCGAAUUGAUAUAAGAAAGUUUGGCAUGGGUGUUUGGAUAGGAGCAGGUAAACACAAUUCAAGUGUUUGCAAACAAACGUCGAAUAAACACCAACUCAAUGUAUUCAUUAAACGUUAUCUUAAAGAAAAAAAAGAUCUGAUGUAUUGUUUUAAUAAUGAAUUUAAAAUGUUAAAAGACUUAUGCUAUUUUCCCAUCGUACAGUUAUACGGUCAAUGGUCGGAUGAUAAAUAUCAUUAUUUAAUUUUAGCCGAUGGUGGAAAAGAUCUUUUAUCUUAUUGUCCGUUGAAAGCACAUACACAGAAAUCAGCGAUGAGACGUGUAGCCAAUAUCGGAUUUCAAAUAUCGAAUGCUAUGAUAUAUUUAGAAAAAUGUCUUAUUGUUCAUCGAGAUUUGACAGCCUCAAACGUAUUAGUUGAUAAAUACGGAUUCAUACGAAUUGCAGAUUUUGGUCACUCUAUGAAAUUACAAGAGGGAAAAAAUAAUUUCACGAAAAGUACGGAAAAAUUUCAAUAUCGAUGGUUAGCACCCGAAUGUUUGCCGUUUCCUGUAGAAACUAAAGAAAUUAGUCAUCAGCAAUAUAAUAAUUAUCCAAUAUUUUCUUCAAAAUCAGAUGUUUGGUCGCUCGGUAUCACACUCAUACAGCUAAUGAUUGACCAACCAAAAAAACCCUAUUUCGAUAUUGAUCAAGAUAUAAAACUAGUUGAGUAUGUUAAAAUAAAUAGACUAACCCACAAAUGUCCUACAAUAUGUUCAUAUGAUAUGUACUUAGUACUGAAACAAUGUUGGGCAUACGAUUCAAAAGACAGGAUAACAUUUCAAUCAUUACAGCAGAAAAUGUUCCAAUUAGAAAAAAUUCAUAAAUGA